GAAUUUGAGUUUAAAUUAUAAGACCUAAUUAUGAGUGAUCAAAUCAAAUUCAUCGUGGACAAUCUCAAUAAGGAGCCUUUUAGGAAGAACUGUAACUUAAUCACAUUUGAUUCCCUGGAGCCAAUGCAACUAUUACAAGUUCUCAGUGAUGUUCUGGCUGAGAUUGACCCAAAGCAAGUUGUUGAUAUCAGAGAGGAGAUGCCAGAGCAGACAGCCAAAAGGAUGUUGAACCUUCUUGGUAUCCUUAAAUACAAACCUCCAGGAAAUGCCAUGGACAUGAGUAACUUUCGUCAGUGUCUGGUGAUUGGAAGUAAACCUGUAAUUUACCCAGUGCUCCACUGGCUUCUUCAGAGAACUAAUGAACUGAAGAAAAGAGCAUAUUUAGCUCAUUUUUUAAUAAAACUUGAAGUACCAAGUGAGUUUCUUCAGGAUGAAACCGUGGCCGAUACCAAUAAACAGUAUGAAGAUUUGAUGGAAGCCUUUAAAACUUUGCAUAAAGAAUGUGAGCAGCUCAAGACAUCUGGAUUUUCUACAGCAGAAAUAAGAAGGGAUGUCAGUGCAAUGGAGGAAGAAAAGGAUCAGCUCAUUAAGAGAGUUGAACGUUUGAAGAAAAGGGUGGAGACAGUUCAGAAUCAUCAAUGGAUGCUUAAAAUAGCAAGGCAACUUCGAGUUGAGAAAGAGAGAGAAUUUCUUGCACAACAGAAACAGGGACAAAAGAAUCAGCUAUUUCAUGCAGUGCAGAGACUGCAAAGAAUACAAAACCAGUUGAAAAGUAUGCGCCAUGCAACAGCAGAUGCGAAGCCUGAAAGUUUAAUGAAGAGGCUAGAGGAGGAGAUAAAGUUUAAUUCAUAUAUGGUAACUGAAAAAUUUCCUAAAGAAUUAGAGAACAAGAAAAAAGAAUUGCAUUUUUUACAGAAAGUGGUUUCAGAGCCUGCUAUGGGUCAUUCUGAUCUUCUUGAACUUGAAUCUAAAAUAAAUGAAAUGAACACACAGAUCAGUCAGCUGAUUGAAAAGAAAAUGAUGAGAAAUGAGCCAAUUGAAGGCAAACUGUCACUAUAUAGGCAACAGGCAUCCAUCGUUUCUCGUAAAAAAGAAGCCAAAGCUGAGGAACUUCAGGAGGCAAAGGAGAAGUUAGCCAACUUAGAGAGAGAAGUGUCAGUGAAGACAAAUCAGACCCGUGAAUUUGAUGGCACCGAAUUUUUCAAGGGAGAUGAAGGGACACAGUUCUACUCUCAGGUACAUUCCCAGCUGUAA